GGUGACCCUUGACCGGCCCAUCGCGCUGACCGGAAGAGCAUUCGUCGUGUGGCUGCCCUAGAUAGCUGCCUACCCGAACUGCUCGUUCGAGGAGUCCACUGGUGCCGGCGCAGAAGCUAGGACAGCACCCCACCCGAGCAAGGUCCCCGAAAGAACCAACGGGGCGCACAGACCAGGGACUCGAAAAGCCGCGGGAACCAAGGCCCGAAGAGGGGUGCGCACCGCACUGCACCCCGUGCCCGUGCGGGCGGGCCGGCGCGGCGCCCGACAUGACCCGCGCGAUUUCCAACGUCCACACAAGCCGCGCCGUGCUGCAGCGGCAGGCAGAAGCAGCCGCGCGCAGCCCGGCCGCGGGCAGGGCCAGGUCGAGCCGUUGUCAAAUCAAAUCAAUCUCACCGCUCUGCGGCAGUGGGUGGGUGGGCUCGCGGUGGCUGCGCGCGCGCGGCGUCCCCAGCCAGCCUCCUCCGUCUUUAAAGCUGCUGCCGCUGCGCCUCCCGGCCGGCCGUCCUCUCUGCUCCGGUGGGCGCGCGGCGAUGGCGUCGGCGGGCUGGGCGUGGGUGGCGGAGGUGGCGGGCGAGGAGCUGGCCAAGCUGGAGGCGGCGCACCCGGGCCGCUUCGGCCCGCUCAAGGCCGAGCUGGAGCGCCUCGUCGCCGACCCCGGCCUGGACGCGGCCGCGUUCCCUUCGCUCGCCUCGUUGCGCGCCGCCGCCGCCACCGACGACGACGGCACCGCUCCCGCCUCGUCCCAGCCUGCUCCUUUCCCCGAGGGCCUCAUCUGCACCCAAGGUCCGUCCUCCAGCUGCCUCCGUCCACAUGCCACGCCCCGCCUCCUGUCCCGUGUCAUUGCCCGAUCGAGCAGUCGCGGUCGCUUGCACCCUCGCUCACCACGCGAGGUCCUGCUUGAACAUUUUUGCAGAGUCCUCGACCCGGAAGAGGAAGCCGCCGGCCGGAGGCGCCGUGCGGGAGCGGGAGGAGGGGAAGCGGAGGCGGCGGACGGGCACGCCGCCGGGAGGGACGAAGGACAGGGCGGAGUUGGCCAUCGAGCGCGCCGAGCGCUGCCUCGAGAGGAUCCGCGCCAUCAAGCGGGGCUUGCUCGCCGCUUGGAUUCACUGACCGAAUCCAAAUCAUGCAGGGGCGGAUAAAGAUGGCAGGGGAGAUGGAAAGCCAGGGCGAUGGAAGGGGAAUCAACUAAUCAAGUCAGCUUCAUCGAUCGAGACUCGGGGAGAGUCUUUUGUUGUAAAUGGUUUGCUUUUGCUAAUGGGAAACUAGGAAAGUAU